AAUAUGAAAUAGUUUAAAAACACACUAUGCAAUAGUCAACCGAAAACCGUCAGAAAGUCAUGUUCAUUAUAAAUAUAGAACACAGCACAUUAGAUGGUAAAUUUAGUCGCCGAAUGAUUGGCGGAUCAUCAACUCGAAUAUAUUAGUGAAAAAUUGUAAAGUUUUUUUUUGUGUGGUUGAUGCAAUAUAUUAAUUUACUUUUGAUAAAAAGCCAUCACAAUCAACGGUAUUUAUGAGACGAAAAAUGUUUAACGUGUCCUCGCACAUUUCAAUGUGUUAUCUCAACGAAACGAACCUUUUUAAUGAAUGAUAUUACACAUAAGUACCGUACAUAAUGCGAUAAAAAAGUGGCAAAAAAUUUUUCAUUAUUUUUUUUGGUAAAUUGUCUAAAAACAUUGCUUGCAUCAACAUUUUUGUGAUUGUGUUCAGAAAUAAACCGAAAGUGCAUUUAUCAGUAAUUAAUUAGAAAAAUUUAAGACUCAUUAUUUGAACAAUAGUUGUGCUCUAUCACAAAACAGUGUGGAGUGUUUUUUUGCGAACGUUAUGCGUGUACUUAUCUUUUACUGAUACAUGACAAAAGCAAAAUUCUUGUUAUUAUGGCCGAUGCAAAUCUAUUAAACUCUAGUGAUAAUACAACCAAUGAUGUGUCCAUUGUGAAAAAUGAAGCAGCCAAUAAAUUGUCCACACGUGCAAAGGAUCAAAAAUACGGUGAACCGCCCGAUGGCGGUACACGAGCGAUAUUGGUGAUGUUGAGCGCGUUUCUGUGCAACAGCAUUCUGUUCGGCAUCAUCAAUACAUGGGGCACCAUUUACAUAAAAUUACAGCAGCAACUUGAAAACCACGGGGAUACAGAAGCGUCCAGUAAAGCAUCACUGGUCGGAAGCCUAACCGUUGGCACAACAUUCCUACUUUCACCUGUUUCCAGUAUUUUAACCGACAAAAUUGGUCUGCGGAAAACUACAUUAAUUGGUGGUUUGCUGGCAUCGAGCGGAAUGUUCUUAUCGUCAUUCGUAUUCCAUAAUGUCGAGGCACUAUACUUUACCUACGGAAUUAUGUUCGGUUUCGGUGCGGCCCUAGCAUACACUCCCACAUUAGCCAUAUUGGGACACUAUUUUAAACGAUAUUUGGGAGUUGUGAGCGGUUUUGUAACGUCCGGUUCCAGUGUUUUUACCGCAAUUCUUCCAUUUCUGCUACAGUGGCUGUUAACUAAAGGACUCAGCAUUACAUUUUGUGUUCAGGCGGUAAUGUCAAUAUUUGUAGUUGCAUGUGCACUCAUUUAUAAACCGCUUCAAGCACCACCGCCACCGCCGAAACGAAAACCCGGUGAGUCUGACACAAAUGCCAUGUUAAGAUCAUUGAUAAACGUUGACAUUUGGAAGAAGAAACGCUAUAUCAUAUGGGCAUUUUCCAUACCGGUGGCAUUGAUUGGCUAUUUCGUUCCUUACACCCACAUACCGAAAUUUGUAUCGAUAACAUAUCCUGGCGAAAACGAAAUCUAUCCGAUUAUGUGCAUUGGCAUCACGAGUGGCAUUGGCCGAAUAAUAUUCGGCUUUAUAGCUGACCUCAAGGGAGUGAAUCGCAUCUACUUGCAACAAAUUUCAUUUCUGCUGAUGGGAGUACUUACAAUGCUGAUGCCGGUUGCAAACUCAUUUGCGCAACUAUUGGCCAUUGCUUUAUUGAUGGGUGUCGUUGAUGGAUGCUUUAUAUCGUUGCUUGGACCGAUCGCUUUUGAUAUAUGUGGUCAGCGUGGAGCGACCCAGGCCAUUGGUUUUUUGCUGGGACUUUGUUCGAUUCCACUUACUGUUGGACCACCAAUCGCUGGACUGUUGUACGAUCAGACGAAAUCGUAUACUCUUGCAUUUAUGCUGGCGGGUAUACCGCCGAUUUGUGGGGCUGUAAUGAUGUGCUUAAUUAGUUUCGUAAAGGAUGAACCAACCGAUGAUGAAGAAGAUGACAUUGACAAUCAACUUGAAAUCGCACUUGCCAAACCGGCAUGGAUCGGAGAUGAAAAGGUGCAUGUAAAUGGUGGUGGUGCCGGUAAUAAUUCGUUCGAUGCGUUGAAUAGAAAAGCAUCAUUAGCCAGUACAGAGUCCCUUAACGAGAGAACAACAGAAAACAUUUAACAAAAAUGUAGCCAAUAGUUAUAAGACU